GGAGGUUCUUGAGAAAAAUAUUGUGGUAACUCUCUGCAAACUUGAGAAGAUAUUCCCUCCUGCAUUUUUUGACUCAAUGGAGCACUUACCUGUUCAUCUAGCUUAUGAAGCUAAGGUUGGGGGGCCCGUGCAGUACAGAUGGAUGUACCCCUUUGAAAGGCUUAUGCAUGAUAUAAAGCAGAAGGUAAAGAAUCGAGCAUCGAUUGAAGGUUCUAUUGUCGAGGCUUACAUCAUAGAAGAAAUAUCAACUUUCUGUUCGCAUUAUUUUGAGCCUUCUAUACAAACGAGGUUAAAUCAAGUUCCCCGUAAUGAAGACGAAGGGGAGUUUGAUCUCAUGGAUCGUCUAUCCAUUUUUACUCAUCAAGGUCGGCCUUUUGGGAAACCUUUUGGAAGGCAUUUGACUACUCAGGAGUUUAGUGCUGCUGAAUUAUAUGUUCUUCUGAAUUGUGAGGAGGUUCAACCUUUUGGAAAGUAAGUUACACAAGUACUUAA